UUAACCUUUGCAGAGAGAUAAUGGGCAAACGAUAUAUUGGAGAAAUUAAAGAUAAAGAAACAGCAAAGAAGCAAUACGAUCAAGCACGCCAGCGUGGACAAUCGGCAGGACACGUUGGAAUGAAACCAAGAGAUACGAACAAAUUCAAAGUUGCCAUCAACGUCGCAGCCCUAAGUGAAGUCACGUUUUACUUGACAUAUAAUGAGAUUUUACAGCGUCGGCGUGGCAGUUACGACCAUACCAUUUACAUAAAUCCUCGACAGAUAGUUGACGACUUCCGAAUAGAAGUAUAUAUACAAGAAUCAAGAGAGAUAACCCUACUAAGAGUUCCACCUUUGAGAAAUGAUAUUCUUUCAAAUUAUAAUACAGCAGUUCGAAACAGAUAUGCGAUUGUGGAUAGAACUUCGCCGACAUCAGCCUUUAUAAGAUAUAAUCCAUCACGUGAAGAUCAAAUUCGAGCUUCGAUGCACGGACUCUCGGGCUUGUUCAUCGUUGAAUAUGAUGUUGAUAGAAAAUUGGAUGCUGGAGAUGUGCUAAUCGUCGAUGGCUUCUUUGUGCAUUUCUUUGCCCCGACUGGUCUCCAUCGAAUGGCAAGACGGAUUUUGUUUAUAUUGGAUACAAGCGGUUCGAUGGUAGGAACCAAAAUGCAACAACUAAAAGAUGCAAUGAUGCAAAUUUUAGACGAUUUACAAGAAAAUGAUUUAUUUAACAUCAUAGAAUUUAAUGAUAAAAUAUCAAGAUGGUCAACCGAUUUGCCAGUUGAAUAUGCCACACCUGACGCAAUAGAUUCUGCAAAAACAUUUAUCAAGAAUUUAACUGCUGAUGGAUGGACGAAUAUAAAUGAUGCUGUGUUAGAAGGAUUAAGUGCAAUACUGAAUAAAAACAUAAGUGAUAGUGACACUACACCUGUGAUAAUAUUCCUGACAGAUGGAGACCCAACAGCUGGUGAAACUGAUACUGCUAAAAUAUUAAACUCGAUACAAGGACGAAACACAAGAGGUGUUCCGAUUUUUAGUCUUGCUUUUGGUGAAAAUGCUGAUUAUAAUUUUAUGAAGAAAAUGUCAGCUCAGAAUAAUGCUUUCUGUAGAAAAAUAUAUGAAGCGUCUGACGCAACACUUCAAUUGACAGGUUUUUAUGAUGAAGUUUCAUCAGUUUUAAUUUCUAAUUUAACAUUCCAGUUUAUCGGUAAAGAGACAGUUAAGUCAUCAAUUACGAAUGCCUUAAUUCCAAAUUAUUUUGAAGGUUCAGAAAUUAUUAUAACUGGACAACUAGCCUCGCGAGAUUUGCAAGAGUUAAGACUUUCCGUCACGGGUAACGGAUUAAAUGGCACAAUGGAACUGAGAUCAGCUUCUAAUAUUUAUAUACACGGCGCGGAUCAUAGUGAGAAAAAGAAAUUUGAAGGAUUUAGUUAUUCUCACAUUGCAGAGAAAAUGUGGGCUUAUUUAACAAUAAAACAACUUUUAAACGAUAGACUGCGAGAGUUGAAUACGACAACGAGACACGACAUGAAAUAUCGAGCUUUAAAGCUAGCUCUUAAGUAUAACUUUGUUACACCAUUAACAUCGAUGGUUGUUACCACGCCUUUAAAUAGAGGUCAAAACAACGUUAUAGAUCCUAACGACAAUGAAUUUGGAGCGUCAGAUGAUCCAUAUUCCUAUUGGAGUAACAACAUUCCACAACAAGCACAAGCUUUUACGAUGACUUCUCCGUCCUUUGUUGACAACGAUCCCCAUUUUAUAGUACAUAUGAAAGGGAUUGAUACAUCGGUAUGCUUUGAUAUUAUGGGUAUACCUGGAGAUAUUAUUAAUCUAGUCAGAGACGAAAUUUCAGGUAUUGUUGUUAAUGGCAUUAUUGUAUCAAACAAACGAAUAUUUAUCAGAAAGAAACGAAAAGAUGAUUCAACGGACAGCAGCCAAGAGCUCAAAACUUAUCUUGGAAGUAUAGUAAUCUCUGGCUUUGGAACACAUAUAAGCAUUACCCCUGAAAGAUGGAUAUUGAAUGGUGAUGUUCAUAAAUGGUUGUCAUCAGAAGUUAUGACGUCAUAUAAAACAAAAAUUGUAACAGACGGGACAGGCGAAAUGAUUGUUGUAAUGUUUCCAAACAGAAUAACAUUAUUAGUCAUGAAACAUACGAGAACCAAGUCACAGAAACGUGCAGGAAAGGUCGAUUUUCUGGGUUUUUAUAUAGUAGAAGAUCGUGGAUUUUCUGAGUCCACUCAUGGACUACUGGGGCAAUUUUUAUACAGAAAAGUGACAUUAGAGAAGAAAAGGACUCUUAAAAAUGGACGCACUCGUGGCAAAUUAAAAGUUCACGGAAACACGAGAAAGCCACGAAAAGUGUUUGCAUCACUAGGCAGACGGUUGAAUUUAGCAACAAACUCUAAAAUAGAAUGCUGGAUGGUACAAAAUAAUGGCAAACGAUUAUUAGAUGGCAAUUAUAUGGACUAUAUUAAUAGGAGGAAUGUUACCGAUUACAUUAAUCGUCUGGGUGGAGGAGGUUGAAUGUUACAAUUACUCUGUUAUGUAUGAGGUUGAAUAUUACAAUUACUCUGUUAUGGAUGAGGUUGAAUAUUACAAUUACUCUGUUAUGGAGAUGGUUGAAUAUUACAAUUACUCUGUUAUGGAUGAGGUUGAAUAUUACAAUUACUCUGUUAUGGAUGAGGUUGAAUAUUACAAUUACUAUGUUGUGGAUGAGAUUAAUAUUACAAUUACUCUGUUAUAAUGAUUUAGUGUACACUAUCGUAUAUAUAUAUGGUAGAUAAGUUGUACAGGACAAAUCAUUCAUUUUCAAGUAUAAUUUUACAAAAAUAGAACGCACAACUGCCUCUGACAUAAACACCAAUCAAGUAGACACUAUUAAUAAACAACAAGUUUUAGUCUCAACAUUUUUAGUUUCUCGAAGUUCGAAAAUAUUUGCUUAAUUCGGCCUUGACGGCAAUAGUUAAUUGUGUCGGAUGUAUUUGAUUAAAUAUUCAAACACUACAUCUUUAGAGGAGGAUAGCAUCAUGUACUAAACUCUAACAGCGAUACAAAUUCAUCUCGAUAUUUUGCCUAAUAAACUACAGAGUCCUUUUUUAUUAACUUUUUAUUGCGUUGUAUAACUAUGUUUACUUUAGUAUUCUUGUCUCUUCCAAUUUUACCGUCGAUUUUUCAAUAAAUCUGUUGAACAGAUGGAUGAGUAUUCGUAAUACAAUUUUCAUAUUAUGUGGGUGCAAUAACCGCAUACGACUCUAUGCAAUUGCAAAUGUGAAUAAAAGGACGGACGCCAACGAGACAACCCAACGUCAUAUAUAGAUAGCAAUAAACUCAAACCAACUCGAGUCCAAAUGUUUACGAUUGUAUGAGUAGUAAUACAGAUAUAUAUGAAAAUUUUGUUAAAUACAUGCAAUGCACCAUGAAAAUAUUUGCAAUUAAACACAUUUCAAUGGUGAAAA